GUUUUCCUUCUCUCUCUUUCUAUCUCUCUCACUACUCUCUCUCCUCCGCAUUCGAAUUUCACAGCCGCGGCAUUUCGAUUCUUUGGCCGCCUCACAAUCGCCCCGACUCUUCAACUAUCCAACUUCUUCCACGACUCUCAAAUCUCAACUUCUUUUGCUUCCUUUUAAACAAUACCAAAUCAAACUCUUAUCAAUCUGAAAUGCUGUUGUUGAUUCUUUCAUGUUUCUACAACAUUGAUUCGAUUAGGGCUGGUGGGUAGUUUCUCAAUCUUAGAGAAAUCCCAGAACAUGCUCGCUCUGCGCCAAAUUCGCAAAUUUGGUACCGCAACCCAUGCUAUAGCUACUUCCAUUGUAUCUACUGACACCACCACCAAUACUAUUGUUCCGAAUCGUAUUCAAAAGCCCAUUACUUUGGAUGAACCAGCACUAGUCAAGUUAAAGGCUGAGAGAAACCCAGAAAAGCUAUUCCAUUUGUUCCAAUCCAAUGCCCACAAUCGUCUUGUGAUCGAAAACCGGUUUGCUUUUGAGGAUACGGUUUCGCGGUUAGCUGGGGCUGGCAGAUUGGAUUACAUUGAGAAAUUACUUGAGCAACAGAAGGCUCUGCCACAAGGUCGGCGCGAAGGUUUUAUUGUUAGGAUUAUAAUGUUGUAUGGAAAAGCUGGAAUGAUUAAGCAUGCUGUUGAUACUUUCUAUAAUAUGCAUUUGUAUGAUUGUCGCAGGACGGUUAAAUCUUUUAAUGCUGCAUUGAAGGUUUUGACACAAACCCGCGAUUUAGCAGUGAUUGAAUCGUUUCUCAUGGAGAUUCCGUUAAAGUUUGGCAUUGAGAUAGAUAUAUUUUCUGUUAAUAUUGUUAUUAAGGCAUUUUGUGAAAUGGGUAUAUUGAAUAAAGCUUAUUUGAUUAUGGUAGAGAUGGAAAAGUUGGGAAUAAGACCUGAUGUGUAUACUUACACUACGCUUUUAUCAGCAUUUUAUAAGAAUGGUCAGUCUGAGAUUGGCAAUGGAUUGUGGAAUCUUAUGGUGCUUAAGGGUUGUUUACCUAACCUUGCAACCUUCAAUGUAAGGAUUCAAUUCUUGGUCAGCAGGGGUCGAUCGUGGCAAGCUAACAGUUUGAUGGGUAUGAUGAGGUAUCUUAGGAUAGCUCCUGAUGUGGUUACAUAUAAUUUGGUGAUCAAAGGCUUUUGCCAAGCUGGAUAUCUUGAAAUGGCCCAAAGGGUUUACUCUGCUUUACAUCAUGAGGGUCACAAACCCAAUUUGAAAAUUUACCAGACGUUGAUUCAUUAUCUGUGUAAAGGAGGCGAGUUUGACUUGGCAUACACGAUGUGUAAAGAUAGCAUGAGAAAUAAUUGGUUUCCGAAUGUGGAUACCAUCUGUAAGCUAAUUGAAGGCCUGCGGAAGAAUGGGGAGCUUGGAAAUGCUAGAUUUAUCAUGACAUUGGCUAAAAAAAGGGUACCCCCUUUGACUGCAGACCAGUUGGGUGCCUUGAAAUCUAUACUGUCAAGGGGUUGAAUUGGAAUGGACUGAAAGGAUUAAGGAUUUUACAGGAGCUGGUGUUCGUCUUACUAAUUCGUUUGUAGAUUUGUGGAACUAAUUGGAUAUGCAUUUUUUGAUGGAGAACCAUCCAAAUGAAGACAUAAAUAUUUUGCUCCAAUAAAUUUGACUGCAGUCAGUUAACUCCUCUUCAUUAGUUGAGAGUACUAAAUGAACAUUAGUCGUGAAUGUUCUUUUGCGGCGGUGAAGAACAGAAUGGUGAAAGGGAAAGUAGCCAAUUCCUCACUUCUGGAUAUCACUGAACUGUUGCAUUUGGUUAGCUUGGUAUAGCUGAAUUAAGGUGAGGCUUGGUGCUAUGUUUCUUCAUUCUCCAUUCUGUCUGUACUUAUUGUCUCUUGACUACAUUUCUGUAGUUCUUCAGCUUGCACAUUUGAUAUUCAGAAGUGGGCACCAAAUUUUUGUUCAGCUGAAUAGAUGUUAAUUGCUACUUCCUUUUGGAGAAGAAAAUAUUAUUUCUUCAGGGUUGAAGCAGGCACAGGAGAUAGCUACAUGGAUGAUGAUUCAAUAUGGGUGGGGGCCUGAUAACAGUCCAACAAUUUACCACCAUGGUAAUGCGGUGACAGCUUUGAGUAUGGGGAACAACGAGUAUUGUGGAGAUUGCUUGAGUUUGAAUCUUGACAGAAAUGGUACAGCCGUAUAGGGUCUGCUAUUAGUGGGUCCUAUUCGGGAGGAGUAUGCUGAUUUGUGGCCAAGGAUUGCUGGUGCCACUGAUUCUACUGAAAGUUCAAGUCACAACUGAAAUUGAAUGAACUAGUAAUUCAAUUGAUUUGACUUCUUUCACUGAAAGUUUCCUAUUAGAAGGGACUCACACCUACCAUAAACUCCCAGUCGCAAACUUCCUUUACAUUUUAUUUAAAACCAAGCAGUCAAUAGCCCUUCUGGCAAGCUAGUCUUACCUACCUCAUCUAUCAAUAUGCAUUUCUAUCCACCCUGUAGCGAAUGAUAUUGUCUAAGUUUUCAUUGCUUGGUGUGGAGGCCCUAUGGAUGUAAGUUUGAUAUUUAUUGUCACUAUAUUUGUUGUUUUAGAUUGGGAUGUAGAAAAUACAUUAUUGAACUUGAAAGGUGUUGAGAUGUAGGUCUCAGUGGCCUUAUUUUUUAGUUUGCAUCAAGAAGUUAUUGUUCAUUUUUGGCAAUGAUCUGCUUGUUGGAUGUUCAAAGUUUGAAGUAUUUAGAAUUGUUUUUAGUUUGUCAUCGGUUUAUUGUUGGCAAAUCUUGGUUUGCAAAGAGUUCUAGGAUGACAUUCUUAUCUUUUAAUCUUAUUCAUGUUCUGAAAAUGUGUUCGAAAAAAAAAAAAAGAAAA